UCGGUCGUGCCGGGAAAGAAGUUCUUCAAACUAUCAAAGCAAGUGUACGACGCCAGAGAACAACAGGCUUGUCCGGGGCGGAAGAUUCCAGCGUCAGCGAGUCGGCCUGCGUAUCAGUCAGUAAAAGUUCGCCGGUUGAACGCACGUGACGUGUGUGUCUCUCUUGAAGACAAGAAGGAUUCGGCGUUCUCUUGAUGCACGUGUCUACUUGUGCGUGACUGUUUUCCGUCGAAUCAUUCGGUGUCGGCUCGAUGCAAACAAAUAAAUUAAAGCGGCUCUGGUGACCAAUAGCGAAAAUUUUUCGAGAUACGCGCGAAUCGUUUGCGACGUCACGCUAUUAUUGAUGCUGAUAUUGGCUGGAUUGCAUAAUCAUCUGAGUCGCCUGGUCAUCUCGUGAAUAAACAUACUCCAAGCGGCACGCGCGAGUGCGAUAACAGCGCGCACCAGUUGUGUGCUGCCAGUACGUACGUCAUAUUCGUCAUCUUUUUUAUCCUGGACAAGGCGGUCAAUGGCUCUCUCCUGGAGAUUACUACCCAUCUCACGACUGGUCAAGAGAUCACACGAGCCAAUAUGUCGAUUCCUGUCGACCAGCUUGAUCCGCUCCGGCGUCGUGGUGCCGUUCAAACUGUCGGACAUUGGUGAAGGAAUUCGAGACGUUACGGUGAAAGAAUGGUUUGUAAAGCCCGGUGACCGGGUCAGACAAUUUGAUAAUAUCUGUGAGGUGCAAAGUGACAAGGCGUCGGUGACGAUUACGAGUCGCUACGAUGGCCUCAUCAAGAAUCUUCGUUACAAAGUAGACGACGUCGCCUUGGUGGGCGAACCGUUGUUGGACAUUGAGAUAGAUGAUGACUCGACGAGCACCGUCGAAAAAGACGCGGAGAAGAGCGACAUGGGCACUUUGGACAAGGAUGAGAAGACGGACAGCACGGACUCGGUGGAUCACAUCUUGCAGAAGGUCUUGGCGACCCCGGCGGUGAGGAGAAUAGCUAUGGAAAACAAAGUGAAUUUGAAGGACGUGGAGGCGACCGGUAAAGGAGGAAGAGUACUGAAGGAGGACAUACUGGCGCAUCUGCAGAAGACCGCUGAAGAUGUGAGUCAACCAACCAAGCAGGAAGCUCCGAAGCAGACGUUUGGAAAUGUGACAGGCAAGACGGUUGGAUUGAAAGGGUACACGAAAUACAUGUGGAAGAGCAUGACAAAGUCUCUGACCAUACCGCACUUCGUGUACAGUGACGAGUGCAACGUGAACCGAGUGAUGCGCUGCCGAAAUGAGUUGAAAGAUGAGCUGAGGAAGCUGGACAUUUCGCUGACUCUCAUGCCGUUCUUCAUCAAGGCGUCCUCGAGAGCGCUACAUCGGUAUCCCACACUGAACGCCUGGCUCAACGAAGCGGAUCAGACGUUGCAUGUCAUAGACAAUCACAACAUCGGAGUAGCCAUGGACACGUCGGAUGGUCUGGUGGUGCCGAACAUCAAGAACGUGCAGAACCUGAGCAUACUCGAGAUCGCGAAGGAACUGAACAGGCUUCAGGAGCUCGGCAAGAAGACGGCGAUAUCGCUCGGCGACUUGACCGACACGACUUUCUCCUUGUCAAACAUAGGCGCGAUUGGCGGGACGUACACGAAGCCGGUGAUCUCGCCGCCGCAAGUGACGAUCGGCGCGUUCGGGCGAGCGCAGAAGAUACCGCGCUUUGACGACGAAGGCAACGUGGUGGCGGCGGAUGUGAUGGCAGUUAGCUGGGCCGCGGAUCAUCGUGUGAUCGACGGCGUCAUGGUGGCAGAGUUCUCCAAUUUGUGGAAGCACUACGUGGAGAAUCCGCAGCUACUGCUGAUCGGUGCAUGAAAGAGACGCGCUUGCGGAGAAGCAUUCAGAAUGCAUGAGGAUGUCCAGCGGGUGAAAACACAGCGAGUACGCUCGUGAUCAUUCGCACCAAACAGAGACAAGUCGGGAGAAGAUAAUGUAUUACUUUAGGCAAGAGAACACUUUUACGACAACUUAUGACAGCUAGGUAUAAUAACCAAGAUUUCUUAUAAUUGUAAAGAUUUUCUACUUCCUCGGGGAUAAUCGAGAGUGCGAACGAUCGUUUGUAUAAAGCUUCGGCAAUAAACCAUUGAACUAGCUUUUUACGUAAA